AUGGGUAAUUUAACAUUUGGAACAAUCCCCGCAACUGUUAUUUUCUCAAGGAUUUCAUUGCUUUCUUUUGUUCUGUUGGAUGUUCUUUUGUUCAUCUUCUCAAUAUUUGUGCGACUUUUUAGUGGAUUAGAGAUUUGUGUUAUUGCAAUUUUUUGUGACUUAGGCCAUGAAUUGACAAAAAGACAUUUGCAGGACAAAAUACCUAAGCCAGCAGAGCGCCUGGAACAGUCAAAUGUGGAAGAAAAAGAUCCUACCAAGGCAAAGCAGGAAAAAUUGUUGGGGACGGACAGCACCCUUGCUGUGGAGAAGACACAAUCGCCCGAGUUGUCACUCAAGGACGAUGGGACACAAGUGGAUGAGCCACAGCAAUCACCACGAGCA